UUUCAUCUCCCGCAGCCCCUCGUCCCCUCCCUGCUUCUCCGCCGCCGCCGCCGCCACCACCCUCCAAAUCCAUCGCACGACUGCAAGAGAGCUAGCCCGCCCGCGCUGGCGACGCGCCUCCGCCUCCUGGUCUUCUCUAUCUCGGCACUGGAUCCAUCCCCGCCCCCGUUUGGCGUCCCGGUCGAUGGCGCUGAGGAGGAGGCGGAGCGGUUCUGUCGUUGGGUUGAGCGGCGGCUGGAACGGGUUGGCCACAGAGAUGGCCGUCCGCAGUGUUCUUCUCAGGCAGAGAAGAGGAGAGGAGCGUGAGAUGAAGAGGGGACGGAGAGGGAGACAGCGAGCCCAUGGAGAAGCGCCACCGGGAGCAGAUCUGGCCGUCAGCGGUAAGGCGGCGCCCCACUCUAGCCAUCUUCCUUCUCCCGCUAUGCAUAUGUUGUUUGUUUGCCAAUUUAUUGGGCAGAUUUUCAACUGGAAGACACAAAGGAGGUGGCGUAAUGGGCAUGGAGAUUCUGGUGUUGGAAGAAGAAGAUGAGCAGCCAAAUACUUCUAGGAAUGAUGAAACUCGUGUCCGCCGAGAGGCCACCUCGAGGUGGUGGUGGAGCUGCUCCGGCACCUUGACGCCCAGGGCGUCGGUGAAGAACAGGUCGGGGUACAAUGCCCUGUACGUCGUGGCCAGAGAAGGACAUCACGGACACGCGUGAGAGGUGUGCCCGUGUUUCAUUGUUGCUGAUGUAAUAGCUUUCGAGUCACAUGCCUGUCACCGUCGGAAAGUGCAAGAAGAAAUCCCCGAGGAAGAUCCACAAAGCCGAGAGGGAGAAGGAUGAGCAUGACCUAUUCAAUUAUCUUUUCGGUGAACUUGGCGAAAUAGGUGUGCAUCAAUCACUAACCUCGACACCUCGUAGAUUAUGUCACAGCCAGCAUGCUUUAGUUACCCUGUCUCUGAAUUUCGGGGGUCGUUUCCUUUUCCAUGUGGUUAUUUGGAAUGUUAGAGCUGAGCGUGGGUAUGUGUGAAUCUGCAUCAUGUUGUUACCAUCCAUUUUCAUGUGAUGCUUUCGCGGUGAAUACUGGGGUUCAGUAUGUGUCAUGGAUUUCCUUAGUUAGAUCCCGGUGAACGUUUAUGCCGAUGAAAAUGUAUGAACCCAUUUAAAAUUAGUAACACCAGAAGACCUCUCGGCGUUUGUUGACGAUUCAUUACAUUAUGCAUACUUGUCAACAUAUAAAUUGUGUAUUGACUGCAUCCAUUAACAAUUUUUUUCUAAUCCAUCUGUCUCACCCAUGCAUCUUGCAUCAAGCUGUAUGUGUGUUGGAGUCUAUUGCUUCUUAUAUUGCACCAUGUGUGUCGCGGGGUCGAGGAAAAGGUCGGCGCCGACGUCGACAUGCACACAUUGACGCAAUCUUGAGCCGACCCACACUCGCCCAUCCCCGGUCGUUGUUCGUCGAUGGCAGGCCGAGCUCCGCCUCCACGCCCUGCGGAGUCGGCCCGAUGUGUUGGGAUUGGACCUUGAUGGUGUCUGCCCCCGACAGGACCUCAACGGCGACCUGCAGGUCCGCCCCCUCCCCCUCUUUUUGCUGUACACUGGGAACACUCGGCAUGACAUACACCCAUUGAUUCGUGCUUUCUCCCCACUGAGAUGCCUGGAUACUUAUCUAAAUAAGGUGCCUGACUGUAAAUGGGAAACUAGUGAAUGUCAUGAUGCUACUUCUGUAAUAGGACAUGCUAGCUUGGGAAUGUUCACAGUCCUUUUGUUUCACGAACUGAUGAAACUGUA